CCGCUCAUAAUGCCCAGGGAAGAAGGAGCGGGCCAGUCAGUCAGUGUGCUGGUAUUAGUUCUCCGUGAGAGGCUCGCAGUAAGCCGGGAGUGCGGGACACCCUGCGGAGCCCCUUCGUACUACCUCAUAGACCCCGCACAAAGGGAAGCGCCGCCCCGCUCCUCCUCAGCUGCCGGUGUAUGAGUGAGAGCGUCUCCUGAGCCCAGGGAAGGUGUGUGUGUACAGAGACACCGACAUAGACACCCACAGAGACACCGAGGACCGGAGAGAGGAGGGAGCCGGACAGAGCCCCGAAGAUGCACACCACCCAGAAGGACACCACCUACACCAAGAUCUUCGUAGGGGGGCUUCCCUACCACACCACCGACUCCAGCCUCAGGAAGUACUUCGAGGUGUUCGGGGACAUCGAGGAGGCGGUGGUCAUCACCGACCGACAGACCGGCAAAUCCCGGGGAUAUGGCUUUGUUACAAUGGCUGACAGAGCUGCCGCAGAAAGGGCAUGUAAAGAUCCAAAUCCAAUAAUUGAUGGGAGGAAGGCUAAUGUGAACCUUGCAUACCUGGGAGCCAAGCCCCGCAUAAUGCAGCCAGGUUUUGCAUUUGGGGUUCAGCAGAUUCACCCAGCACUUAUUCAGAGGCCUUUUGGGAUUCCUGCACAUUACGUGUACCCUCAUGCUUUUAUGCAACCAGGAAUGGUAAUUCCACAUGUGCAACCUACAGCUGCCACAUCUACAAGUCCAUACAUUGACUACACAGGAGCUGCCUAUGCCCAGUAUUCUGCUGCUGCCGCCGCCGCUGCUGCUGCCUACGAUCAAUACCCCUAUGCGGCUUCUCCAGCUGCCACAGGAUACAUGACCACCGCAGGCUAUGGCUAUGCAGUUCAGCAGCCACUUACCGCUGCAGCUCCAGGAACUGCUGCAGCAGCUGCUGCCGCCUUUGGCCAAUAUCAGCCACAACAGCUGCAAGCUGACCGAAUGCAGUAGCACUUAGUCUUUUGAAGAAGUUCUCAACAAAUAUUAUUUUUUUCUUUGUUUUCAGCCUUCCAGUUUCUAUAGAUGAGACCAUAUCAAACUUUUGGCUCUAUGGCUUUAAGGAGAAAUGAACUUCUUUUGGAGAGAGAAAUAACAGUAUUCCAGCUUCUGUAUGUAGUAUGCAUCCAGCUUACUUUUAGGAGGUGUGUUUUUCAGGCAUUAAGGAACUCCUGUGGUUUGUUUUCCUGAAAAGAUGUCAGAAUUUAUAAACUAUACAGAAUAUAUUUUUACAUCAGGAAAAAACUGCCUUUUAUUAAUCUGAGAAAAAAAAUAUAUAUAUUUUUCCUCCUUUUACAAAUGUUUGAACCAGGGAAAUAUCAAUCAGCAAUAUGUAGCCUGUACAAAGCAAAGUGUUCAAAGCACAAAAUGCACAUAACGCUCACACUGACCAACUGAAUUGUGUAGGUGAGAAAAGUGCAGUUAGCAUCGAUGCGUUGGAGGCACAUGGCCGACUGGUCACAUGACGAUGGAUAGGCACCAAAGCUAUUUUCUCAUCUUUCCUCUAUAUAAGUGGAACUAUGGAACAAGUGAUGUGGAAUGAACGGGUGCAACAGCUGUACAGACAAUCAAUAACAGGCCGUUCUGGAGAGAACACAUCACUUGUGCGUAUUUGAUGAGCUUGUCACAUUCUAAUCCCUCUCCCCAUCCUGUUUCGCUUUUGGGAAACUCUAACUGCUGGUGUCAGCUAUUCUGAUUCUGAAAUGGGAUCAGCCCCUUACUACCACAGUCUUCUAUUUAUUACACCUAUUCAUAGCUUGUGAACGACAACAGGAAGAUACUUGCAGAGGUGUUAACCCUUUUUUUAAGAACUGCAUUUUUUUUUUUUAAGAAAGAAAAGAGGUCCCCAUGUUUCUGAGUUGUAGGUGAUAUUUUUUUUUUUUCCUCUUCUGUUAAAAGUAUUUAAACAAAAGUAUUUAUAAGUUGGGUACAACUUUUCAGUUGCAGUUCUUAAAGGGUUACAUUUAAAACAAAUGGAUUGUACUGUGCCUUACUUGUAAUGUUUAUUGAAAGAAAGGUAUUUAUUUAUUUUGAUAGUUUUACUAUGGCGCGCACUAAAGAAGGGAACUUUAGAUGCGUUAAAGACCUUAUGUAUUCAUCUCAUGGUAUAAAUUAUUUAAGUAAGUUUAGAUGUAGUAAAUAUCAAUCUAUUCAACUGAAAGUUGAUUUGGAUUUAUUUAAAUUCUGAAUGUGCACUGUUUAAUAAUAUACCUACCAUAACACUUUAGGAUUUUACAUGACAUAAGUAAUUUUUUUUUUUUUUUUUUUUUGCCCAUUCAAUGAAGACCUCUUUAAGCAGUAUAUUAUACAUUUCAUUUGUAUGUAGGAUAUUGUCAAUUUUUUUAUUUUUUUUUCUUUAAUAGAAAAGUGCUGCUUUAUACAGUGACUUGUAAAACUGCAAUACUUGGCAAUUUUUAUUCUUGACUUAAACAUGAAUAUUUUACACUGUAAUGGGUUUUUAUACUUGAACUAUUUCAUACAAGGGAAGAAGACAGCAUUUUAUGGACAUUUGUCUAAAUGUCACUGGAUUUCUUUUUAAAGUAUUCAGAAUACUAGCCAGUGUUAUGUAACUGUAGACAAGAAUCUCCAUGCAUAUUAUUUAUUCAUUAUGUUGCUUUAUAACAGUUAAGAUCUAUUAAUUUCACUUGUAUUAAAUACAAUAAAAAAUCUUUGUUGCAUUGU